UUUCAUACACUGUCACAUGGAACAUUCUGUACAUUUUUUGUAAACAUCAAAGCUCUUUCAUUAACUCUAGGAAAUCUUUUUAAAAUGUUCUACAGAUUGAACUGCAUUUUCUUCAUUUGGAUUCUUCUUUUGCAAUGCCCUCUUUGCAAUAUGCAAGAAGAGAUAGAGGUGCUUCCUGGAUUCCAAAACCUUACAAAAGAAUAUAACAAAUACCUAAGACCAGGUUUUAAUGAAAAGCCUGUUUUAGUAGCAGUGACAAUGGAAGUUGCAAGCAUUGAUGCUGUUUCAGAGGAAAAUAUGGACUACACAGCCACAAUCAUUUUGCGGCAGCGUUGGACAGAUGAACGUCUAGUUUUCGAAGGCAGCAAAAACAAAAGCAUAGCAUUGGAUGCCAGACUUGUACAACUGCUUUGGUUCCCAGACACCUAUAUUGUGGAUUCUAAAAAGUCUUUCUUGCAUGAUGUGACAGUAGAAAACCGUCUUGUUAGGCUAUUCUCCAAUGGUACUGUAUUAUACGCUGUCAGAAUUACAUCAACUGUUGCAUGUUAUAUGGACCUGUCAAAAUACCCCAUGGAUAAGCAAACAUGCAAACUACAAAUAGAGAGUUUGGGUUAUAAUGUAAAAGACCUUAUAUUUACCUGGAUGAGAGGCAACGAGUCAGUGCGUGGGAUGGACAAUUUACAGCUUGCGCAGUACACGGUGGAACAAUUCUACACUAAAAUUGGUAUUGGAACUUAUGAGACAGGUAAUUAUCCAAGACUUGCACUCUAUUUUGUGCUUAAAAGAAACGUUAUCUACUUCAUUCUGGAGACAUACAUACCGUCCAGCCUGCUCGUUGUCGUAUCUUGGGUAUCAUUUUGGAUUUCGAGUUCUUCUGUUCCUGCAAGAACAUGCUUUGGCGUUACAACUGUGUUAGCCAUGACUACCAUUUUGAUGGGUUCUCGGUCAUCUUUUCCAACUGCCAACUGCUUCAUUAAAGCCAUUGAUCUUUACCUGGGAAUCUGCUUCAGUUUUGUUUUUGGGGCCCUCAUUGAAUAUGCAAUUGCUCAUUACUGCUCUGAACAAUCCUCUGCAGCAAACAAAAAGGAAAACAAGGAUCCUAAAGAAAAACCUGAUGAAGUCAACAACACACUGCUUACCAACACCGAAGAUACAGAAAUAAGCGAAAGUAAAACUGAAAGUGUUCCCGUUCAAAUUGAAAUUGAUUCAAGCCCACAGAAAGAAAACAGUGUCAAGUUUAAAUUUUGGAAAAAAAUGAAGGAAAAGAUGAAUGACUUCAUUGAGCUAUUUACCGUGAGAAAUCCUGAGAAUGUUGAUCGAUAUUCAAGAGUGAUUUUUCCCUUAGUAUUUAUGGUGAUCAAUAUUUUCUAUUGGUCCUAUUACCUUUAUUUCACAUAAAGUAAUAUCUGCAAAGGAUGAAAAUAAAGGAACUGUGAAUUUAGCUUUUUUAUUCAAAAUAACAUUGUGAAAAAAACAUCAGAACUUGUAAUACAAUGGAAAUAUUUUUACAUACGUUCUAGUAUUCAAUAAAUGUAGUAGAUAUUUUCAAAUUAUAAAAUUAUUAUUUUUUUAA